AUGGGGUACAAUUUGUCCUAUGGAAAGCUGCCAGACGACCACCUGAGCCAGGAGAACAGCUCCUCACCCAACGCCACAGCCAGCCUGCUGGGGAACUCCACGCACAACGAGUUCACGACCAUCGUCCUGCCCGUGCUUUACCUCAUCAUCUUCCUGGCCAGCAUCCUGCUCAACGGCCUGGCAGUGUGGAUUUUCUUCCACAUCAGGAACAAGACCAGCUUCAUCUUUUACCUCAAGAACAUCGUGGUGGCAGACCUCCUCAUGACACUGACCUUCCCCUUCAAGAUAAUCCAGGACUCGCAGCUGGGGCCGUGGCACUUCAACUCCUUCCUGUGCCGCUACACCACGGUGCUGUUCUACGCCAACAUGUACACCACCAUCGUCUUCCUGGGGCUCAUCAGCAUCGACCGCUACCUGAAGGUGGUGAAGCCUUUUGGGGACUCCAGGAUGUACAGCAUCACUUUCACCAAGAUCCUGUCGGCCUGCGUCUGGGUCGUGAUGGCCUUCCUGGCUCUGCCCAACCUGAUCCUCACCAACGGCUACCCCACCAGGAAGAACAUCGACGACUGCCUGAAGCUGAAGUCCCCGCUGGGCGUCCAGUGGCACACGGCUGUCAUCUACAUCAACACCUGCACCUUCGUGGUGGUGCUGCUGGUGCUGAUAGGCUGCUACAUUGCCAUCUCCAGGUACAUCUACAAAUCCAGCAAGCAGUUCAUCAGCUCAUCGAGCAGGAAGAGGAAGCACAACCAAAGCAUCCGGGUGGUGGUGGCUGUGUUCUUCACCUGCUUCCUGCCCUACCACCUCUGCAGGAUACCCUUCACCUUCAGCCACCUGGACAGGAUUCUAGAUGACUCUGCCCACAAAAUCCUCUACUACUGCAAGGAGAUGACCUUGUUCCUCUCUGCCUGCAACGUCUGCCUGGACCCAAUCAUUUACUUCUUCAUGUGCAGGUCCUUCUCACGAAGGCUGUUCAGGAAGUCAAACAUGAGGACCAGGAGCGAGAGCAUUCGCUCGCUCCAGAGCGUCAGGAGGUCCGAGGUGCGCAUUUACCACGAGUACACUGACGUCUGA